AUGUUCGAUACAACGAUUAUCAUUUCUAUAUUUUAUAUUAUUAUUUUCAAUCAAGAAUUCGAUUUAAUUAAUAGUGAAUGUCCGCCUGAUUUGAUAAUAGAACCAUGUUCUUGUGUUUUAACCAUUCCAUCACAUACGUAUUUGUUAUAUGGCGAUUUUAGUCCUGAAACAAUAUAUAUUGAAAAGAAAUCGAUCGUAUGUGAAAAUAUACAUAAUUCAUCAUUUGAUUUAAAGAGCGUAUUUCUCAAUCUUAAUUCUUAUUUAAAUGAUAAUGAAACAAAUUUCGAUAGUUUUCUUUUGUAUAAUACAACUAUCGAACAUAUAGACGAGAAUGUGUUUUAUAAUAUUACAUUUAAAGCGUUAAUGUUUCAAGACAAUAAAUUAUUAACAACGAUCGAUCAAAACGCAUUUUAUUCUCUAAAAGAUAAUGUUGAAGUAUUCGAAACUUUGAACACAAAUUUAUCUGAUAGUAAUACGAUAUUUUCUAUGUUAAAACAAUUUCAAAAUCUUCGCCGUGUGAGUAUGCAUAACGAUCGUUUAACAACCAUUCCAAGUUAUGCAUUUAAUCAUCCGAAUUUAACAAAUAUUUGGUUUGGUCUUGAAAAUCGUCGAACAAAUCAACCGAUUCAAACGAUUGGCCAAUAUGCUUUCUACAAUGUGCCGAAUUUAAGAUUAUUACGGAUAUUUUCGCCCAAUCUAACAGAUAUAAAUAAACAUGCAUUUGCUCAACGUAAUCGAUCAAUCGUUGGUCCGAUAUUAUAUAUUCAUAUCGGUGGACAAAGUUUAAAUUCCAACAGUUUUCCAUUAACAUCAUUGAGCCGUUUUCGUAGUCGAACAGUAUUUCUACGUUUAUAUUUUACAAAUUUGACUUAUUUAGAUGAAAAUAUAUUUCAACCAUUUCUUGAAACAAACCCAUCGUCAAUUAUUGAGAUUAGUUCAACAAAUGUAAAUUUACAGUGUGAUUGCCGAUCAGCAUGGGUUCAGUAUGAUUAUUUACGAGACAUUGAUCAGAUAGAAAAUCGCGUCUAUGGAUAUAAAUGUUGGUCACAUGAUUUUUCUAAUUGUACACUGAGAAGAUUGUUUAGAAAAAAAGACCAUCGAAUUAUUUUGCUUAAAUAA